AUCUAUAGAGAGAAAGGUUGAAGAAGAUGGCAACUGACAAGGAUGAGAAAGGAGAUAAGUAUAGAUCACAUAUCUAUGGAGAGGGAGAAAAAAAUACUGAAUGGAGGUACGGAGCACCUCCCAACUAUGAUAUUGUAAACAAGCUCUUUGAAGAAGGCAAAACUAAGGAAUGGGCACCUGGUUCCCUGGAGGAGAAAGUGCAUAACAUGGUAAAAACCUGGGAAAUGGAGAUCUUUCACAAGAAGAGACCUCAAGAUUUCAAAACUCUAAAGCCUGAUAUCUACACUGUCAGCCUCAAUGGAAGGAAGCCAAUGAAUCUUCAAGAAAUAAUGCAACUGGGAGGCUACAAUCCUCUGCUGCAAACUGCACUGCCGGAAGAACUUCAAGCAUAUAAUCCAUUAGCACAAACAGGGCAAGCUUCACACGAGGCCUUUACGACGACAUUCCCCCGAGGAUUCGCCCUGGAAAUAGUUCAUGUCUAUAGUGGACCACCAACAAUAGUGUACAAGUUCAGGCACUGGGGUUUCAUGGAGGGUCCUUUCAAAGGCCAUGCACCAACUGGAGACAUGGUGGAGUUCUAUGGAAUGGGAAUAUUUCAUGUUGAUGAAGACCUGAAAAUAGAGAAGGUGGAGUUCUUUUAUGAUCAUGGAGAACUACUUGGUGGUCUUCUCAAAGGCACUAAAAUAGAGAGCUCGGAGAAGGCUCAGUCCAGCUGCCCCUUCAUGAAAACCAUCUGAAUACUACAAUUUGUAUCUCAGCAACCCCGUAAUAAAUAAAGCAAGCGAUAAAUAAGCAUGUCAUGUAACCUUAUCUUAUGUCUGAAUAAUAAAAUUGAUUGAUAGUACAUAAGGUACUUAAUGCUAAAUCUAAGUUGAAAACA